AUGUCAGCACUCUGUGAUCCAGAGACAGGAGAGUGUCCUGUACGCUAUGAUGUGGAAUCAGAGGAUCUGCCAGUGCUGGAAGACAAGGUCGCUGCUGUCCUUGGCUGCAUGCUGGCAUUGCUGAACUGGGGAAGGAAUGAGGUGCUCUCAGGGAGGUCGGGUGUUGCAAGUGCCUUCCAGGGAUCUGAGGACAGCACCUCUGAUAGGAUCCCACCGCUCGCCUUGUUCCGUGGAGACAUGAAGCGCUGCUGUGAGAGUAUGCAGGUGGCGCUUGCCAGCUACCUUGCACCGAGUGAGCCCAGGGGAUUGGACGUGUGGAGGAAGAUGCAGAGGUUGAAGAAUGCUUGUUACGAUGCAGGUUUCCCAAGGCCUGAUGGUUAUCCAUGUCCGACAUUAUUUGCAAAUUGGUUUCCGGUGUACCUUUCGAUUGUGUCAGAUGAUUCAGGAACAGAUGAGCUAGAGGUUGCAUUUUGGAGGGGAGGGCAAGUCAGUGCGGAGGGACUGGCAUGGCUACUAGAAAAGGGAUUCAAAACUAUUGUUGAUCUCUGGGAAGAAGAUGUUAAAGAUGAUUUGUACCUUUCAGCAGUUCAGGAAGCUGUCUCAUCUGGGACAAUAGAGGUGGUGAAUAUGCCAGUUGAGAUUGGAACUGCACCAUCAGCUGAACAGGUUCAGCAAUUUGCAGCUCUUGUGUCAGAUGGUGCAAAGAAGCCCAUUUAUCUCCAUAGCAAAGAAGGUGUUUCUAGGACGUCUGCAAUGGUCUCAAGAUGGAAACAGUAUGUUACUCGUUCAGAGAGAUGGGCUGUCCAAAAUCACUCUCUAAAUGGGAAUGGUAAGGUCCUGACAAGUUACAAGACCAUGCAGCGCACGGGCAGCCCAAGUUCCUCUACGAAUGGAACUGAAAAUGGUACGAUAACGGAAUCUGAUAGGACCAUGAACAAUGGGGAAUCAUGUGAGAUAGACAUAGAGACAGCUCGUCAUAAUCUGGAGGUCACUAAUGCCCUUUCCAAUGAUCAAAGCACUCAACAAGGCGAAAUGCCUGGCACCGGGGCAGAACUCUUGUCAAACUUUAAACUGGAGAGUAACCCCCUUAAAGCACAAUUUCCUACCUGUGAUGUUUUCUCUAGAAAAGAGAUGACCAAGUUUUUUAGAAGCAAAAAGGUUUAUCCAAAAUCUGUUCUGAACUCUAGGAGACGAUCAAGUAUCACUAAUGGAAAACCUUCCAACAAUGGAGCCUCCUCAUUAAUUGAGGAAAAGGAAACAGAAGUUUCAGUCGCUACUGUUGAUACUAGAGCAUCUGUGAGCAGUUCUAAUGGAAAGGUUCAGGUUGGAUCACAAAAAUCUUCUGAAAAGAAUGGUGCCCCUUAUCUUGAGAGAAACAAAUCAGAUAAUGUUGAUGGAAAUAUAGAAAAAGUAACAGAAUCAUCUCUGGCUUUUACGCAUCCUAGUACCCAGCAACAGAUGCUUAUGUGGAAAUCACCUCCAAAGACUGUCUUACUUUUGAAGAAAUUAGGCAAUGAGCUCAUGGAAGAAGCUAAAGAGGUUGCUUCAUUUCUGCAUCAUCAAGAAAAGAUGAAUGUUCUUGUGGAACCUGAUGUUCAUGAUACAUUUGCUAGAAUUCCAGGUUAUGGUUUUGUGCAAACCUUCUAUACUCAAGAUACCAGUGACCUUCAUGAGCGAGUUGAUUUUGUUACAUGCUUGGGUGGUGAUGGACUCAUUUUGCAUGCGUCAAACCUAUUUAGAACUUCUGUACCACCUGUUGUCUCCUUCAAUCUUGGAUCUCUUGGGUUCUUAACUUCACAUAAUUUCGAAGGUUUCAGACAAGACUUGAGAGAUUUAAUCCAUGGGAACAACACACUUGGAGUUUAUAUAACCCUUAGAAUGCGUCUAAGAUGUGAGAUCUUUCGUAAAGGAAAAGCAAUGCCUGGUAAAGUGUUUGAUGUGCUGAAUGAAGUUGUUGUUGAUCGAGGUUCCAAUCCAUACCUAUCAAAAAUUGAGUGUUAUGAGCAUAACCACCUUAUCACUAAGGUGCAAGCUGAUGGGGUGAUAGUUGCAACACCAACUGGCAGCACAGCAUAUUCUACUGCAGCAGGGGGAUCAAUGGUUCAUCCAAAUGUCCCAUGCAUGCUGUUUACUCCAAUCUGCCCUCACUCACUGUCAUUUAGACCUGUCAUCCUUCCGGAUUCUGCCCGGCUUGAAUUAAAGCUCGCCAAGUUUUACCCCACAACAUACCUUGGUUUGCUGACUGAUGAACUUUGCACCGUUAUUGGAUUGCCAUUGCACUUGCAACUUUACCAGAUACCAGAUGAGGCAAGAAGCAAUGCAUGGGUUUCAUUUGAUGGCAAAAGGAGGCAGCAACUGUCAAGAGGAGAUUCAGUUCGUAUAUCCAUGAGUCAGCACCCGCUCCCAACUGUUAAUAAAUCUGACCAAACGUGUGAUUGGUUCCGCAGCCUGAUCAGGUGCCUCAACUGGAACGAGAGAUUGGACCAGAAGGCACUAUAG